ACACUGCGCAGGUCACGUGACUGAAUAACGUGGUUUUGCCGCCCCGGAGUCAUUGAUAGAGUGGCAGAAAAGUACUAUUAGUACUUCAGUCGGUAGUUUGACUGGAGUGACUGGGCAUGGGGGGAAGGCUGCGCUCCGUGCUGCGGGGCUUACAACAGGGCAAUGUUUCCCGCCCAUACAGCUGCUCCGCCGCGGAGGCCCCGGCUGUCCGUCCUGUCCGGGGCAGAAUCCUCACCCUGCAGUCCAUGAACCCGCAGGUCCGGGCAAUGGAGUACGCUGUGCGGGGACCCAUCGUGAUGAAAGCCGGGGAGAUAGAGAGGGAGCUGCAGCAGGGCAUCAAGAAACCAUUCAGUGAGGUCAUCAAGGCAAACAUUGGUGACGCUCAUGCAAUGGGACAACAGCCAAUCACAUUUCUUCGACAGGUUGUGGCGCUUUGUACAUAUCCUGAUCUCUUAGAUAAUCCUCAAUUUCCACGAGAUGCAAAAGACAGGGCAAGACGCAUUCUGAAGUCAUGUGGAGGACAAAGCCUUGGUUCCUACAGUGCCAGCCAGGGGGUCAGCUGUAUUCGAGAAGAUGUUGCUCAAUAUAUCCAACAGAGGGAUGUGGGUGUUCCUGCAGAACCAGAAAAUAUUUAUCUCACCACUGGAGCUAGUGAUGGCAUUGCUAGCAUCCUGAAGAUCCUUGUAUCGGGAGAGGGAAGGUCCCGGACGGGAGUUAUGAUUCCCAUUCCUCAGUACCCCUUAUACUCAGCAGCUAUAUCUGAGCUGGAUGCAGUGCAGGUAAAUUAUUACCUAGAUGAGGACAACUGCUGGGCUCUAAAUGUCAAUGAACUGAAAAGAGCCUUGUACCAGGCCAAGGAAUACUGCAUUCCCAAAGUUCUUUGCAUUAUAAACCCAGGAAACCCCACAGGGCAGGUCCAGAGCAGGCGGUGUAUAGAAGAAGUGAUUCAGUUUGCCUGGGAGGAGGGUCUGUUUCUUCUAGCAGAUGAGGUCUAUCAGGACAACGUCUACUCUAAAGACUGCCAAUUCCAUUCCUUCAAAAAAGUCCUUUAUGAGAUGGGUCCAGAAUACAGCAACAAUGUGGAACUUGCCUCUUUCCACUCAACCUCUAAAGGUUACAUGGGAGAGUGUGGAUACCGUGGAGGAUAUAUGGAGGUGUUAAACCUGCAUCCUGACAUUAAAGCACAGCUGGUGAAGCUGCUGUCUGUGCGCCUGUGUCCUCCUGUGUCUGGCCAGGCAGCCAUGGAUGUUGUUGUGAACCCUCCUCAGCCUCAUGAGGAGUCUUACCAGCAGUUUAUCCAGGAGAAGGAAGCUGUUCUCUCCACCCUGGCUUACAAGGCUAAGCUUACAGAAGAAUUGUUUAACCAGGUUCCUGGCAUUCAAUGCAACCCUUUACAGGGUGCCAUGUAUGCCUUUCCCCGGAUCUUUAUCCCUCCCAGGGCUGUAGAAAUGGCUGAGAAAUUACAUAUGGCCCCUGACAUGUUUUACUGCAUGCGGUUACUGGAGGAGACCGGGAUCUGUGUUGUUCCUGGAAGCGGAUUUGGACAACAAGAGGGGACUUAUCACUUUAGAAUGACUAUUCUUCCACCGGUGGAGAAGUUGACACUGUUGUUACAGAGUGUGAAGGAUUUCCACUUUCGUUUCCUGGAUGAAUUUUCCUGAGCUUCACUGAAUGUAAACUAUCACAUUCGCCUUACUGCUUUGGGGACUGGCAGCUUGACAGCAGGAAAAGGUUAAACAAUGUUCAGGGUUCAUGGAUUUAGCACAUGUCUUAUGUAGAGUUCACAAUGUAGAAUAUCUCCCAGGAAAACUGAACAAACUUACGUGUUACCCAGCUUCUGCUGCUUUACUAGACUGUUACUAUUUGGUACGUGCUCUUUUUAGGGCUCGUUUUAUGUUUUAGCAAGGCUUUUUCUUUUUUAUUCUUUUUAUGGUUGUUUAAAUAGCUUACAAGGUUCUUGGGCUACACGGCCGUAUUUCAUAUUUAUUAGUAAUUAUUGAAGUUGACUGUUACAUUUUGAAGGAGGCAAAAAUUAGAAACCAGAAUCAUUACAAUUCCUUAAGCCAGCAAAAAUCAGCUUGUACUAGUGCCAGAUAAUCUGAUAUUCUAGACUAUUAAAUGAUCAUAGAACUAAUAUAGUAUCUUGACACAAUCUCCAUUACCGUUUCUUUUGCUCAGUAUUCUGCUUCCUGCCUUUAAAACCUGUAGCAAAUGCAAACAGAGAUUUAAUUGUCAAUAAAUAGCCUAGAAUUUAACCAGAAAAUAAUAGGGAGGCAUUUACUGGGGAAUAGUGUUAAAACUUAUUUUAAUUUCUGUAAGCAAACAUGUCACACAACGGAGUACAGUCCAGACACUGUGGAACAGAGAGGUUACAGCCAUUUCACGCUUUUAUCAUCUGUCGAUGCAGCUGUUCUCCACUAAUCUUUUUGCUAUGUUCCUGUUGAUCAGUAUAACUGAGUCUAGGUUUCCAAUUUUUUUUAGUUUGUGUGUGUGUGUGUGUUUUUUUUUCUUUAACCCCUUAAGGACUGAGCCC